AGGACCGUGUCUGGGGUCAGCGGUCAAAAGACUGCCGGUCAGAUGGCGAGCGAUUCCAGCCCCGACGGGCUCUUCUGCCCCCAAGUCAAUAUUGCUGCAGCGAGAGAGAGGCUUUGCGCUGGGCGUGAGGGUGGUACGGUGAAGGUACUCUUGCCGCUACAAACGGUGUGGACUUCUCGCUGGAACUCGCUUCCUGUGCCAGAGCGUUUUACUGUCUGAACGAACCCACGAGCUACUUUCGGGCGAUUCUGAGAAUCAUCGCCAAAGUUGCAAAGAAACUUUUUCACUAAAAGGACAAAGGAACUCAAACCUGCUGUCCAAAGUGCUCCUGGUUGGAAGUUGUUUGGAAAAGUGCCACCCAGGGAAAACCUUCCGAAAGAUUCUAAAAUUAUUCAGCAGGAAUAUGAAGCACGGACAGGAAGAAUGUAUAAACCUCCGCCCCCAUCAGCAAGACGUAAAAAUAUUGAAUUUGAACCCCUUUCAACUACUGCUUUGAUUCUGGAGGAUCGACCAGCAAAUCUUCCUGCCAAAUCAGUGGAGGAGGCUUUACGUCACCGACAAGAAUAUGAUGAGAUGGUGGCAGAGGCAAAAAAACGAGAAAUUAAAGAAGCACAUAAAAGGAAAAAAAUAAUGAGAGAGCGUUUCAAGCAAGAAGAGAGUAUUGCCAGUGCUAUGGUGAUUUGGGUCAAUGAAAUACUACCUAACUGGGAAGGCAUGCGUGCUACCCGAAGAGUUCGAGAGCUGUGGUGGCAGGGAUUACCGCCAAGUGUACGUGGGAAGGUUUGGAGUCUAGCUGUGGGAAACGAAUUAAAUAUCACUCCUGAACUUUAUGAAAUCUUUUUGUCGAGAGCUAAGGAACGAUGGAAAAGCUUCAGUGAGACAAGUUCUGAGAAUGACAUAGAAGAUGCAGGUGCAUCUGUUGCUGAUCGUGAGGCCAGUCUGGAGCUAAUUAAGUUGGAUAUAUCACGCACAUUUCCAUCUCUGUAUAUUUUCCAGAAGGGUGGUCCUUAUCAUGAUCUCCUGCAUAGUGUUUUAGGAGCAUACACAUGUUACAGACCGGAUGUGGGAUAUGUACAAGGGAUGUCCUUCAUUGCUGCUGUGCUCAUUCUCAAUCUGGAAGAGGCAGAUGCUUUCAUUGCCUUUGCUAACCUUCUAAACAAGCCAUGCCAGCUGGCCUUUUUCCGUGUGGAUCACAGCAUGAUGCUGAAAUACUUUGCAGCCUUUGAAGUAUUCUUUGAAGAAAAUCUUCCCAAAUUGUUUCUUCAUUUCAAAUCAUACAGUCUUACUCCAGACAUAUAUUUGAUAGACUGGAUUUUUACACUCUACAGCAAGUCAUUACCACUUGAUCUGGCCUGUCGUGUCUGGGAUGUUUUCUGUAGAGAUGGAGAAGAAUUUUUGUUUAGGACAGGAUUAGGAAUCCUUCGGUUAUAUGAAGAUAUUCUCCUGCAGAUGGACUUUAUUCAUAUAGCACAGUUUCUAACAAAACUUCCAGAAGACAUUACAUCAGAAAAGCUUUUUAGUUGUAUUGCAGCUAUUCAGAUGCAGAAUAGUAACAAAAAAUGGGCACAGGUGUUUGCCUCACUGAUGAAGGACAACAAAGAAGGGGACAAGAACCAUAGCCCAGCACUGAAAAGCUAAUCGUUGUAAUGUUGAGGUCAGUUGAAAAUGUGGAAAACCACUUGAUGACAAAGGAGUUUUCACAUCACUUCUAUGUGGAAAAGCGCUAUAGAAUAUGUGAAAAUGAGAUGGGAAAAUGACACAGCUCUCAGUGGAGUAAUGAACUGAUGAAAUCUUCACCCUUUUGCCAGUAUUAGCUUUUGUUGUGGGAAGAUUUGUUUUCACACAGAAUACUAAAACCUAUGAAACUGAGAAGCGGGGGAGUUAAUAUUUAAUACUUUAAAAGAAUCAGCUCAAUGCAAUAAGCAUUUGUAAUAACUUCUGUUGGUACUUUAAAAAAAAUUUUGAGGCAUAACUUUUUUUACAAAUACCACAAAGGCACUUUUUGGGGGGGGAUGAGGGAAAUGCUAAAUCUUAAGGCCCCAAAACUGCUAUCCAAACCAAAUGCUUUGGUACAAAUAUUACCUCCAAAAUUAACCAUUUGAAAGUGUUGAGGACCAAAUAAGGUUGUUGGGUAUGUUUAUGUGCAAGAUGGUUAAAAUUUGAGAAGGGGUAUUGUCUUAUUUACUCGUGUUUUUUGUUCUUUUUCUUUUUUCUUUUUUUUUAAGUUGCAGCUUCAUUCUUCAGUCUGGGCAAAUGUAAUUAACUCAGGAACUGUGGAAAUAUUGUGCCCAAACCUGUUAGAGCAAAAAUCAUCUGAAUUUUAAAACAGCAGUAAGAUCAGGGCUGCUAUUUUCAGAAUGUACAGCUUUCAAAGCGAGUGGUGUUAAGCAUUUGUUUUGGUGUAUUGGUUGUGUAGCUUAUUAAAAAUGGAGUGGGUAUUCUGUGAAAGGGUUUUGCCACCACAAGUUUUAUUUUGUUGAGCCAUUUCCAGCUGACAAAUACUUGUAUGCAAUGGUGAACACUAGAAACUGACAAAGUUAUCUGCAGACUUUGUGUUGUCAAAGGAGCAGCCACUUUUAACACUUAGGAAUAAUGCAGACACAGAAUUGGUUUUGAAACUAUCUUUUAUUAGCGUGCAAUACUGAAAUCCAAAAAGCAUCUGGUUUAGUGAUACUUAAUUCUUUAACAUCUUUUAACUGUGAGAUAUAAGGUCAUAUUUUAUGUGUCACAGCAGCUAUUUUCAAACAUUUCCUGUUCUCAAAGAUGUUGUACAACAACUUGUGAUUGUAGAGGAUGGAAAUUUAAAAUGGAUAGCACUGCAGGUGAGGAACACUUGCGCUCUCUUGGUCCAUUUUUGCUAAUAUUUAAUGUAAAUAAAUUCCUUACAUGUGGGGUUUUGUAACUGGUCCCUCUGUGGAAAUCAAGUCAAAAUUACCAUUAUGUGUUUUUAAAUGCAGGAAUCUUCCACUUGUCUGGUGUUUAAAAGCUACAUAAUUGGGGUAAAGAUUUAGUGUGGUGUAACUUACGUUGCUAUCUGGUUAAAAAACUACAUAUACGCUCCUCAUAACAUUACAAUUUGAAAUGUAAAUGUCAGAUUUUUCUUAACUUAUGUAUUCACUACUUCAAUUGGAUCCAAUUUGUCUUAUAUUUUUGUGUUAUCUUGUACAGUUUUCUUACUUUUCAACUAUAAAUCUGUAUAUAACUGUAAAUAGAAGGAUCAAACCUUCCUUUAAGACCACUAGUAACAGUUCCAGUGUAAAUAAAACUUAUAGCAGC